AGCAAGUCUGCUGAAAGUCGUGAAAUCUGGUCUCCUUUUCAUGGUCCCUCAGCCUUGGAAACAAAAAUGAAUUCUUUGGAGUAUGAGACGGUUAAGAGGUACUGUAUAAGAAAAAAGCAUGUGGCCAUUAUCUGUGCAGUCGUGGUUGUUGUGGGGCUAAUAGUAGGACUUUCAGUGGGACUGACCAGAACUUGUGACACUUCUGAGGAUUCGGGACAAACUCCCACCAUCCCGGGCUCUCCAGCUCCUGGAACUCCUGGACCGUCAGCUCUUCCUUCACCCGAGGACAGCCCCUGCCCGGCCAAUGCUGAUGAAAGCGGCCAGUGGACAAAUUUCCGACUGCCCACAUACAUCAACCCUGUACACUAUGACCUGGAGGUGAAGCCUCUGAUGGAGGAAGAUACUUACACGGGCACGGUCACCAUCCACAUCAAUGUGACCCAACCCACCAAACACCUGUGGUUACAUCUUAGAGAGACAUGGAUCACCAAGCCAUCUCCAGUGCUGAAGAAAUCCUCUGGGGAGGAGAUCCCAUUGAAGAAGUGCUUUGAGUACAAGAAGCAGGAGUAUGUGGUGAUCGAGGCUGAGGAAGAAUUGCCUCCAACUGAUGGAGAAAGCACCUAUCACCUGACCAUGAACUUCCAAGGCUGGCUGAAUGGCUCCCUUGUUGGGUUUUAUCGGACUACCUACACAGAAAAUGGAAUAACCAAGAGCAUAGCAGCUACAGACCAUGAACCAACAGAUGCACGGAAAACUUUUCCUUGUUUUGAUGAGCCCAACAAAAAAGCAACUUACACAAUAUCUAUCGUUCAUCCAAAAGAAUAUGAUGCACUUUCAAAUAUGCCAUCACAGAGAACGGAGGUCUUGGAUGACAAAUGGAUCAGAACAGUUUUCAAUAAGUCGGUUCCAAUGAGCACUUACCUGGUAUGCUUUGCUGUUCAUCAAUUUGACUAUGUGGAGAAAAUUUCAGCUAAAGGAAUUCCUCUCAGAAUAUAUGUCCAGCCGCUUCAAAAACAUACUGCUGAGUAUGCUUCAAAUAUCACCAAAAUCGUAUUUGACUAUUUUGAAGAGUAUUUUGCAAUGGAUUAUGCCCUUCCAAAAUUAGAUAAAAUAGCCAUUCCAGAUUUUGGCACUGGUGCUAUGGAAAACUGGGGUCUUAUCACAUACAGAGAAACUAACUUACUUUAUGAUCCAGAAGAAUCAGCCUCUUCAAAUAAACAGAGGGUGGCUGCUGUGGUUGCCCAUGAACUUGUUCACCAGUGGUUUGGCAAUAUUGUGACUAUGGAUUGGUGGGAAGACUUGUGGCUAAAUGAAGGAUUUGCUUCUUUCUUUGAGUUCCUGGGAGUAAAUGAAGCAGAAAAGAACUGGCAAAUGCGCUACCUGGAGAAAUAUAAGUUCAAAAAUGCAAAAACAGAUGAUUUUUGGGAGGCACUGGAACAGGCAAGUGGCAAACCAGUGAAAGAAGUAAUGGACACAUGGACUAGACAGAUGGGGUAUCCUGUGCUGAGUGUACAAGCAAACCAUCUCCUGAAACAGUCUCGUUUUCUGUUGGACCCCAAAGCAGAUCCUUCACAGCCACCUUCUGCACUUGGUUACACAUGGAACAUUCCAGUUAGAUGGGCUGAAGGGAAUGAGAUGAAUAUUACAUUCUACAAUAUGACGGAGAAGGAAGUUCUUGAGGCCAAUCUUCUGAAUUACCGCUUUCCUCUGAACCUGACCUUGUAUCUGAAAAAUGAAAACGAUUACUUAGCAUGGCAGAGAGUCAUAUCAGCAUUAUCCUAUAUGACCAGCAUGCUUGAGGAUGAUAGAGAAUUGUACCCUAUGCUUAAGGAAUAUCUUCAAGGUCGGGUGAAGCCUGUGGCAGAUGCUCUGGGGUGGAAAGAUGAAGGAGAACAUCUCGAAAAAUUACUUCGAGCCUCAGUCCUAGGGCUGGCAUGCAAGAUGGGAGAUCCAGAAGCACUGAACAAUGCUUCAGACUUAUUUAACAAGUGGCAAAAUGGAGAAAGACAACCUGUGAAUCUCCGACUUCUGGUGUACCGAUAUGGAAUGCAGUUCUCGGGUAAUGAAACUUCAUGGAACUACACACUCCAGAAGUACCAGGAUACUACUCUAGCUCAAGAAAAAGAAAAAUUACUUUAUGGAUUAGCAUCUGUGAACAACAUUACUCUUUUAUCAAGGUUUUUAUGGCUUUUUAUUAAUUCUCCAAAAGGAAUAUUUACUCUCAAUGACAGAAAUCUUGGCAGAAUUGUGACAAUAGCAGAACCAUUCAAUACAGAGUUCCAGCUCUGGCAGAUAGAGAUGUUUUUUAAGAAAUACCCUGAAGCAGGAGCAGGAGCAGCUUCUCGACAGAAAGUUCUAGAAACAGUGAAGAAUAACAUCGAAUGGUUGAAACUUCAUAGAGAGGAAAUCAAAGAGUGGCUGCUUUAUGCCAUCUCUAGAAAUGACUAAAGCAUCUCAGACAUCAUAUUUUAAUUUUACGGAUUCAUUUUUCCUUCCCUAACGUGCCUCUAAGGGAGCUGAUUUCAGAAGCACUGUGGAGAUCAUCUAAAGAGGCACCAAUACUGCUGCUUGCUAGAAGGUUUUGGGUGUGUUUGGGCCUCUUUUGCAAAGAUUUAAAAAAAAAUCCCCUUUUGUUUAUGAAGGAAGAUACUAGCAGAGUAUUGAAUAAACUCAGGGAUUCCUUCUGAGUGUACUUUAUAGGAGAUCCUUUACACACUGAAGAGAAUUUAAUAGUCAUUUAAUGUCUUUAAGUAUCAUUCUUUACAUCUUAAACCUGUGGGGGAAAAAAAGGAACAUUUUAGUCUUAGCUUUUACAUUCUUAGGACCAAAGAAACACCACUUAAUCUUCUCUCCUGAUUGAUUUUUAAAGUUUAAAUACCGGCACUUGAGGGACCAAUAUCACCAUCUUAAUCUUUAUUUUAUUAUUCAGAAUCCUACAGACCUAAUUUCAUUUUAUUCACAUUUGUCUUACUACUUUAAAUCCUGUCAAAGUAACUAGAGCUUAAGUUGGACUCAACGAGUGCAUGAAUUAGCCAGAGCUGUAAGUCGACAGUUACCUUUACUUUCCACAAAAUCAACAAGAGAACUCUACUUUCCUUUUUCAAAUAAAGAUGAAAAUUUGCCUCCCCAAA